AUGGCUUCCAACAACCCAUACGCAUUUCCACUAACACCAGAGAAAUACGCUCCAUCGCCAGUCCCCUCGCUAGCGGAAUGGAAACAGCUAUGGAGGGUCUGGGAUCUCGUCACUACGGAAAUGAUCCAACCUGAUGCAUUGAUGGAACAACCAAUUCCCCUACGAAACCCUUUGCUAUUCUAUCUCGGUCAUAUUCCGACAUUUGAAGAUAUUCACCUGACGCGAGCGACAGGUGCCGGACCUACUGAGCCAGCGUACUACCAUCAAAUAUUUGAGCGGGGCAUAGAUCCCGAUGUGGACGAUCCCUCCAAGUGUCAUGAUCAUAGCCAACUUCCAGAUGUCUUCCCGUCUCUCAAGGAAAUCCUUCAAUAUCGCCAGCGUGUAAAGGAACGUAUCGUGGCCCUUUACGAAACUGAAAGGCCUUACUCCGACCGAUGUGUCGGGCGUGCUCUCUGGAUAGGUUUUGAGCAUGAGGGCCUUCAUGUAGAAACAUUUCUCUUCAUGACCAUCCAAAGCCCCAACGUGCUCCCCCCUCCCAAACUACACAGGCCAGAUUUUCCCAAAUUAGCCAAAGAAGCCGCUUCGCGAAGGGUUAGUAAUCCGUGGUUUUCAAUACCAGAACAGAACUUCACGAUCGGGUAUCACGACCCUGAGAGUGACGAUGGACCAAACAGAUUCUUUGCGUGGGACAAUGAACGGGAGCCGUACGAUGUUCAGGUUCCACGGCUCGAGGCACAGGGUCGACCGGUCAGCAAUGGAGAGUACAUUAGAUACCUCGUUGAUGCAAACGACUCGCAGGUCCCUGCAACCUGGAACAAGAUUCGACCUGAAGGAGCCGACGAAGACUUCACUACUUUUGUGGCUCGACACAGCGUCAAGACGGUCUGGGGACCUGUUCCCCUGUCACAAGCCCUAGAUUGGCCCGUGAUGGCUUCUUUUGAUGAGGUUGAAAGAUAUACCCAAUGGGCUGGUGCACGUUUACCAACACUUCAUGAACUGCGAAGUAUUCAUGAGCAUGUUGAGCGUCGCCGUAAAGCUCCUGACAGCAAGGUUAACAAAGUUUUCCACACAGAUCCUUCAGCCAUAUUCGUUGAUCUAUCAGAGACAAACUCAAGCUUCCACAAUUUCCAUCCUAUGGGCGUCACACACCAAGCAUAUCUCUGCGGGCUAGGCGAUACUGGAGGUGCAGCUGAGUGGACUAAAACAUUGCUUGCGCCUCAACCUGGUUUCAAACCGAUGGACAUUUACCCGGGCUAUAGUGCCGACUUCAUGGAUGAUAAGCACGUAGCUGUGGUUGGAGGGAGUUGGGCAUUGCACCCACGCAUCGCCGGCCGAAAAAGCUUUUUGAACUGGUGGCAGAAGAAAUAUCCUUGGCCUUGGGUGACGUUUCGUCUGGUGCGAGAUGUCGAACAAAACCGCCCAUAG